AUGCCCGUGUUCCAAAGCAAAACGUUUCGUCGUGCAACAACAGCAUCGUCUUCGCUCGGGGAACGGAUCGGCGAGACCUACCGCGCUAGAUUGCCCAAGCAUCCGUUUCUUCUCUUUGGAUUCCCCUUUGUUAUGAUAAUCGUUGCGGGGUCAUUUGCUUUGACCCCUGCUGCUGCCCUGAGAUAUGAACGGUACGACCGCAAGGUGCAGCAAUUAAGCCAAGAGGAAGCAAUGAAUUUAGGGCUGAAAGGGCCAGACGGGGAAGAGGGAAUCAGAAGGAACCCUCGGAGGCGGAUAAUUGGAGAUGAGAGGGAAGAGUACUAUAGGCUCAUGGCAAAAGAUUUGGACAACUGGGAGCAGAAAAGAGUGCAGAGGCUUAAGGGUGAACCCGAUGGGAAACUGUGA